GUAACCAUUGCCUCCGGAGGACGAGUAUACGUAAGCAACAUCAAUGGAACGGGUACCAUCUGUGGUGACAUGUGGGACGACUUUGAUGCUGACGUUGUUUGCCGUCAAAUGGGAUUUACCUCUGGAACUGCAAUCCAUUUGCCACGAGAUCAAGUGUCCAACAGACUAGUCUUCAAUGUACGUUGCUCUGGUCAUGAGACGGACCUUAUGUCUUGUCCAGCUGAUGGAUUUGACGUAGGUGGAAUGUGUGCCUAUUCUGAUGAUGCUGGUGUUAACUGUAGCAGUGUGUCAAAUGGUGGACAAUCAACUGUAAUGAUUGGACCAGGAGGAAGGGUGUUAAGUUACACCGUGAACGGAACGGGGACGGUGUGUGCUGACAGAUGGGAUGAUGUGGAUGCUGACGUUGUUUGCCGACAAAUGGGAUUCCCAUCCGGAACUGCCAGUUUUCUCCCACGUGACUACAUGUACAACAGAGUCAUCUUUAAUGUCCGUUGUAAUGGCAACGAAACCCAGGUGCAGCAGUGUCCGGUGGACCAGUGGGAUAUGUUUGGAAAUUGUCCAUAUCUUGGUGACGCCGGUGUAAAUUGCAACAAUAUAUCUCAGAGUGGACAGGGCUCGGUAACCAUUGCCUCCGGAGGACGAGUAUACGUAAGCAACAUCAAUGGAACGGGUACCAUCUGUGGUGACAUGUGGGACGACUUUGAUGCUGACGUUGUUUGCCGUCAAAUGGGAUUUCCCUCUGGAACUGCAAUCCAUUUGCCACGAGAUCAAGUGUCCAACAGACUAGUCUUCAAUGUACGUUGCUCUGGUCAUGAGACGGACCUUAUGUCUUGUCCAGCUGAUGGAUUUGACGUAGGUGGAAUGUGUGCCUAUUCUGAUGAUGCUGGUGUUAACUGUAGCAGUGUGUCAAAUGGUGGACAAUCAACUGUAAUGAUUGGACCAGGAGGAAGGGUGUUAAGUUACACCGUGAACGGAACGGGGACGGUGUGUGCUGACAGAUGGGAUGAUGUGGAUGCUGACGUUGUUUGCCGACAAAUGGGAUUCCCAUCCGGAACUGCCAGUUUUCUCCCACGUGACUACAUGUACAACAGAGUCAUCUUUAAUGUCCGUUGUAAUGGCAACGAAACCCAGGUGCAGCAGUGUCCGGUGGACCAGUGGGAUAUGUUUGGAAAUUGUCCAUAUCUUGGUGACGCCGGUGUAAAUUGCAACAAUAUAUCUCAGAGUGGACAGGGCUCGGUAACCAUUGCCUCCGGAGGACGAGUAUACGUAAGCAACAUCAAUGGAACGGGUACCAUCUGUGGUGACAUGUGGGACGACUUUGAUGCUGACGUUGUUUGCCGUCAAAUGGGAUUUACCUCUGGAACUGCAAUCCAUUUGCCACGAGAUCAAGUGUCCAACAGACUAGUCUUCAAUGUACGUUGCUCUGGUCAUGAGACGGACCUUAUGUCUUGUCCAGCUGAUGGAUUUGACGUAGGUGGAAUGUGUGCCUAUUCUGAUGAUGCUGGUGUUAACUGUAGCAGUGUGUCAAAUGGUGGACAAUCAACUGUAAUGAUUGGACCAGGAGGAAGGGUGUUAAGUUACACCGUGAACGGAACGGGGACGGUGUGUGCUGACAGAUGGGAUGAUGUGGAUGCUGACGUUGUUUGCCGACAAAUGGGAUUCCCAUCCGGAACUGCCAGUUUUCUCCCACGUGACUACAUGUACAACAGAGUCAUCUUUAAUGUCCGUUGUAAUGGCAACGAAACCCAGGUGCAGCAGUGUCCGGUGGACCAGUGGGAUAUGUUUGGAAAUUGUCCAUAUCUUGGUGACGCCGGUGUAAAUUGCAACAAUAUAUCUCAGAAUGUUCAUAGUAACAUAGUCAACAAGAUACACUUCUUCAUUGAUGGCAUAUCACUAGUUUAUAAAAUACGUGCCACACCGUAUGUUAAUUUUGUCCUGAGAAUGAUUGUAACUGUUGUAGGUGGACAGGGCUCGGUGACCAUUGCCUCCGGAGGACGAGUAUACGUAAGCAACAUCAAUGGAACGGGUACCAUCUGUGGUGACAUGUGGGACGACUUUGAUGCUGACGUUGUUUGCCGUCAAAUGGGAUUUCCCUCUGGAACUGCAAUCCAUUUGCCACGAGAUCAAGUGUCCAACAGACUAGUCUUCAAUGUACGUUGCUCUGGUCAUGAGACGAACCUUAUGUCUUGUCCAGCUGAUGGAUUUGACGUAGGUGGAAUGUGUGCCUAUUCUGAUGAUGCUGGUGUUAACUGUAGCAGUGUGUCAAAUGAGUGUUUAGUUAGACUUCAAGUUCAUUUGAAUCUGGAAGUGAAAUACUCUUAUAAAAUACGUGCCACACCGUAUGUUAAUUUUACCCUGAGAAUGAUUGUAACUGUUGUAGGUGGACAGGGCUCGGUAACCAUUGCCUCCGGAGGACGAGUAUACGUAAGCAACAUCAAUGGAACGGGUACCAUCUGUGGUGACAUGUGGGACGACUUUGAUGCUGACGUUGUUUGCCGUCAAAUGGGAUUUACCUCUGGAACUGCAAUCCAUUUGCCACGAGAUAAAGUGUCCAACAGACUAGUCUUCAAUGUACGUUGCUCUGGUCAUGAGACGGACCUUAUGUCUUGUCCAGCUGAUGGAUUUGACGUAGGUGGAAUGUGUGCCUAUUCUGAUGAUGCUGGUGUUAACUGUAGCAGUGUGUCAAAUGGUGGACAAUCAACUGUAAUGAUUGGACCAGGAGGAAGGGUGUUAAGUUACACCGUGAACGGAACGGGGACGGUGUGUGCUGACAGAUGGGAUGAUGUGGAUGCUGACGUUGUUUGCCGACAAAUGGGAUUCCCAUCCGGAACUGCCAGUUUUCUCCCACGUGACUACAUGUACAACAGAGUCAUCUUUAAUGUCCGUUGUAAUGGCAACGAAACCCAGGUGCAGCAGUGUCCGGUGGACCAGUGGGAUAUGUUUGGAAAUUGUCCAUAUCUUGGUGACGCCGGUAAAAUACGUGCCACACCGUAUGUUAAUUUUGUCCUGAGAAUGAUUGUAACUGUUGUAGGUGGACAGGGCUCGGUGACCAUUGCCUCCGGAGGACGAGUAUACGUAAGCAACAUCAAUGGAACGGGUACCAUCUGUGGUGACAUGUGGGACGACUUUGAUGCUGACGUUGUUUGCCGUCAAAUGGGAUUUCCCUCUGGAACUGCAAUCCAUUUGCCACGAGAUCAAGUGUCCAACAGACUAGUCUUCAAUGUACGUUGCUCUGGUCAUGAGACGAACCUUAUGUCUUGUCCAGCUGAUGGAUUUGACGUAGGUGGAAUGUGUGCCUAUUCUGAUGAUGCUGGUGUUAACUGUAGCAGUGUGUCAAAUGGUGGACAGGGCUCGGUAACCAUUGCCUCCGGAGGACGAGUAUACGUAAGCAACAUCAAUGGAACGGGUACCAUCUGUGGUGACAUGUGGGACGACUUUGAUGCUGACGUUGUUUGCCGUCAAAUGGGAUUUACCUCUGGAACUGCAAUCCAUUUGCCACGAGAUCAAGUGUCCAACAGACUAGUCUUCAAUGUACGUUGCUCUGGUCAUGAGACGAACCUUAUGUCUUGUCCAGCUGAUGGAUUUGACGUAGGUGGAAUGUGUGCCUAUUCUGAUGAUGCUGGUGUUAACUGUAGCAGUGUGUCAAAUGGUGGACAAUCAACUGUAAUGAUUGGACCAGGAGGAAGGGUGUUAAGUUACACCGUGAACGGAACGGGGACGGUGUGUGCUGACAGAUGGGAUGAUGUGGAUGCUGACGUUGUUUGCCGACAAAUGGGAUUCCCAUCCGGAACUGCCAGUUUUCUCCCACGUGACUACAUGUACAACAGAGUCAUCUUUAAUGUCCGUUGUAAUGGCAACGAAACCCAGGUGCAGCAGUGUCCGGUGGACCAGUGGGAUAUGUUUGGAAAUUGUCCAUAUCUUGGUGACGCCGGUGUAAAUUGCAACAAUAUAUCUCAGAGUGGACAGGGCUCGGUGACCAUUGCCUCCGGAGGACGAGUAUACGUAAGCAACAUCAAUGGAACGGGUACCAUCUGUGGUGACAUGUGGGACGACUUUGAUGCUGACGUUGUUUGCCGUCAGAUGGGAUUUCCCUCUGGAACUGCAAUCCAUUUGCCACGAGAUCAAGUGUCCAACAGACUAGUCUUCAAUGUACGUUGCUCUGGUCAUGAGACGGACCUUAUGUCUUGUCCAGCUGAUGGAUUUGACGUAGGUGGAAUGUGUACCUAUUCUGAUGAUGCUGGUGUUAACUGUAGCAGUAUGUCAAAUGGGCUUGUCAAUAUGGUGUACAUAGGCCAUGACGGCAGAGUAAUGGCUGCCCACAACACAACUGGAUACGUUGGUACUGUCUGCGGGUAUAUGUGGGAUGAUCAGGAUGCUAACGUUUUGUGUCAACAAUUCGGAUACCUAUCGGGAACUGCAAAUCAAAUGGUGCGAGAUUACAAUUAUAGCAGAGCGAUAUUUAAUGUGCAAUGCACGGGAAUGGAGCCCAAUAUUUAUGCUUGUCCUGUAGACUAUUCAGACACAACAAGCAACUGUGCAGCAGCCAAUGAUGCAGGAGUAACAUGUGAAAAUAUGUCAUCCUUGAAUCUAUCAACGUCGUCUCAAUACUCGCAGUACUAUACUCCAUCAUCCCAAUAUUCUCAAUAUUCACCAAUGUCCUCUUAUCCUCAUAUUUCCUCGCAUAGUUCUCUAUACUCAUCAAUGUCGCCUUACCCACCAGUAUCUACACAUUACUCUCAGUAUUCCCCGAUUUCUUCCUACCCAACAAUGUCCACCCAAUACCAAUCAAUAUCAUCACAAUAUUCUCAAUAUCCAACAAUGUCGUCACAAUAUUCCCAAUAUCCAUCAAUGUCCUCUCAAUAUCCAACAAUGUCAUCAUACUCUUCAUACCCUCAGAUGUCCUCACAAUAUUCCCAAUAUCCACCAAUGUCCUCACAAUCUUUCCAAUAUCCACCAAUGUCCUCACAAUCUUCCCAAUAUCCAUCAAUGUCCUCACAAUAUUCCCAAUAUCCAUCAAUGUCCUCUCAAUACUCCCAGUAUCCAAUAAUGUCCUCACAAUCUACCCAAUAUCCACCAAUGUACUCACAAUAUUCCCAAUACCCAUCAAUGUCUUCACAAUAUUCUCAAUAUCCACCAAUGUCCUCACAAUAUUCCCAAUAUCCAUCAAUGUCCUCUCAAUCUUCCCAAUACCCAUCAAUGUCUUCACAAUAUUCCCAAUAUCCAUCAAUGUCCUCUCAAUACUCCCAGUAUCCAAUAAUGUCUUCACAAUCUACCCAAUAUCCACCAAUGUCCUCACAAUCUUCCCAAUAUCCAUCAAUGUCCUCUCAAUACUCCCAGUAUCCAAUAAUGUCCUCACAAUCUUCCCAAUAUCCACCAAUGUCCUCACAAUAUUCUCAAUAUCCACCAAUGUCCUCACAAUAUUCUCAAUAUCCACCAAUGUCCUCACAAUCUACCCAAUAUCCACCAAUGUCCUCACAAUCUUCCCAAUAUCCACCAAUGUCCUCGCAAUCUUCCCAAUAUCCAUCAAUGUCCUCACAAUCUACCCAAUAUCCACCAAUAUCCUCACAAUCUUCCCAAUAUCCACCAAUGUCCUCACAAUCUUCCCAAUAUCCACCUAUGUCCUCACAAUAUUCUCAAUAUCCACCAAUGUCCUCACAAUAUUCUCAAUAUCCACCAAUGUCCUCACAAUCUACCCAAUAUCCACCAAUGUCCUCACAAUCUUCCCAAUAUCCACCAAUGUCCUCACAAUCUACCCAAUAUCCACCAAUGUCCUCACAAUAUUCUCAAUAUCCACCAAUGUCCUCACAAUCUACCCAAUAUCCACCAAUGUCCUCACAAUCUUCCCAAUAUCCACCAAUGUCCUCGCAAUAUUCCCAAUAUCCAACGAUGUCCUCACAAUCUUCCCAAUAUCCACCAAUGUCCUCGCAAUAUUCCCAAUAUCCAUCAAUGUCCUCACAAUCUACCCAAUAUCCACCAAUAUCCUCACAAUCUUCCCAAUAUCCACCAAUGUCCUCACAAUAUUCUCAAUAUCCACCAAUGUCCUCACAAUCUACCCAAUAUCCAACGAUGUCCUCACAAUAUUCCCAAUACCAAACGAUGUCCUCACAAUAUUCCCAAUACCCAACGAUGUCCUCACAAUAUUCCCAAUAUCCACCAAUGUCCUCACAAUCUACCCAAUAUCCACCAAUGUCCUCACAAUCUUCCCAAUAUCCACCAAUGUCCUCACAAUCUUCCCAAUAUCCACCAAUGUCCUCGCAAUAUUCCCAAUAUCCAUCAAUGUCCUCACAAUCCACCCAAUACCCACCAAUAUCCUCACAAUCUUCCCAAUAUCCACCAAUGUCCUCACAAUAUUCUCAAUAUCCACCAAUGUCCUCACAAUCUACCCAAUAUCCAACGAUGUCCUCACAAUCUACCCAAUAUCCAACGAUGUCCUCACAAUAUUCCCAAUACCAAACGAUGUCUUCACAAUAUUCCCAAUACCCAACGAUGUCCUCACAAUCUUCCCAAUAUCCACCAAUGUUCUCACAAUCUACCCAAUAUCCACCAAUGUCCUCACAAUCUUCCCAAUAUCCACCAAUGUCCUCACAAUCUUCCCAAUAUCCACCAAUGUCCUCGCAAUCUUCCCAAUAUCCAUCAAUGUCCUCACAAUCUACCCAAUACCCACCAAUGUCCUCACAAUCUUCCCAAUAUCCACCAAUGUCCUCACAAUAUUCUCAAUAUCCACCAAUGUCCUCACAAUCUACCCAAUAUCCAACGAUGUCCUCACAAUAUUCCCAAUACCAAACGAUGUCCUCACAAUAUUCCCAAUAUCCACCAAUGUCCUCACAAUCUACCCAAUAUCCACCAAUGUCAUCACAAUCUUCCCAAUAUCCACCAAUGUCCUCACAACCUACCCAAUAUCUUACAAUGACCUCACAAUCUACCCAAUAUCCACCAAUGUCCUCACAAUCUACCCAAUAUCCACCAAUGUCCUCACAAUCUUCUCAAUAUCUACCAAUGUCCUCACAAUCUUCACAAUAUCCAACAAUGUCCUCACAAUCUUCACAAUAUCCAACAAUGUCCUCACAAUCUUCCCAAUAUCCAACAAUAUCCUCACAAUCUACCCAAUAUCCACCAAUGUCCUCACAAUCUUCUCAAUAUCCAACAAUGUCCUCACAAUCUUCCCAAUAUCCAACAAUAUCCUUACAAUCUUCCCAAUAUCCAACAAUGUCCUCACAGUCCUCUCAAUAUCCGUCAAUGUCCUCACAAUCUUCCCAAUAUCCAUCAAUGUCCUUACAAUCUUCCCAAUAUCCACCAAUGUCCUCUCAAUAUCCAACAAUGUCACCAUACUCCUCAUACCCUCAGAUGUCCUCACAGUCUUCCCAAUAUCUUUCAAUUUCCUCACAAUAUUCUCAAUACCCAAACCCUUCUACUUCUUCACAGUAUCCAUCAAUGUCCUCCAGCCUCCCCAUGUCAUCUCAGUAUUCAAUUAAUCCAACAACGUCGUCUAUGUCUUUACAACCGACAUCCGCUUCCACUGUAAUGUCUUCUCAGUAUGUGACUACACAUGGAGCUCAAAGUACAACUCAAGCAUCAACUGGACAGACCACAAUGUCCUCUUCAAGUGGACUGAUUUCUCAGCAAAUAACUACUUCUGGAAGCCAAAGUACAACCCAAGGACCUAGUGGCCAAACUACAUUAGGUGGACAAACAGCAACAUUAUCAAACGGACAGACCACCGUGUCUUCUUCAGGUGGACAGACCACGACUCCAUCGUCAGGUGGACAGACCACGACUCCAUCGUCGGGUGGACAGACCACGACUCCAUCGUCGGGUGGACAGACCACGACUCCAUCGUCAGGUGGACAGACCACGACUCCAUCGUCGGGUGGACAGACCACGACUCCAUCGUCGGGUGGACAGACCACGACUCCAUCGUCAGGUGGACAGACCACGACUCCAUCGUCAGGUGGACAGACCACGACACCAUCGUCAGGUGGACAGACCACGACUCCAUCGUCAGGUGGACAGACCACGACUCCAUCGUCAGGUGGACAGACUACGACACCAUCGUCAGGUGGACAGACCACGACUCCAUCGUCAGGUGGACAGACUUCACCACAAGCACAGACCACAGAGCAGACAACUUCUAGUAACUGUCAACCGGGAUCUGGGUCAUGUUUCGUGCAAAUGGACUCCUUGGGCGGCGGAGCGGAUACAAGAAUGGCAUCAUCUCUAAUUACUAUGCUGUUAAGCGUUGUUACUAGUUUUGUUUGUCUUGUUUUAAUGAACUAGUAUAAUGUAUAUCAUUUAUAAUUUAAAAGAAAAUUAUAACGAACAUUGUACAAGAAACGUAACGGAUCUGGUUUCUGUGAAAGCAACUGAUCAUUUACAAAGUAGAACUCUGAAUUUUUUUCACACGACGACUGUUCCAGUCCGAGAAGGAAAACGUUAUACAGUAAAAAGAUUCUGCACUUUAUUGUUAUUUAGUAAUUAGAAAUCUUGUUCUCGUUCUGUGGAUUUGUUAUCAGGUUUUUAUCUUUAAUAAAAAAUAUCUUUUUGA